AUGUCUGUGGAUGGCAGGGACAGUCACCAACGAUCGGGCAAGAGCAAAGGGAAAGCCACUCAGCACAGUGCCAUACAGGACCCAGAAUAUCGCUGUCAGCUCCAGAGUCUACAGUGCUUUACAGUUGGUUCAGCUUGGCCCAGUGAACCAUCAAAAGAAGAAGUUCACCAUGUCUUCCCUACAGUUGAUGCCCCAGAUCAUGUUCACUAUACAAUUGGAGCUGUGAUCCUGGCAGUAGGAAUAACAGGAAUGCUGGGUAACUUCCUGGUCAUCUAUGCAUUCUCCAGGAGUAGGAGUCUUCGAUCUCCAGCCAACAUGUUCAUUAUCAACCUAGCUAUUAGUGACUUCUUCAUGUCCAUAACUCAGGCACCAGUGUUUUUUGCAGCAAGCCUACAUAAACGAUGGAUCUUCGGAGAGAAAGGAUGUGAGUUAUAUGCUUUCUGUGGCGCCCUGUUUGGGAUCACAUCAAUGAUUACACUGAUGGUGAUUGCUGUGGAUAGGUAUUUCGUAAUCACCCGACCGCUUGCCUCCAUUGGAGUGAUGUCCAAGAAGAGGGCAGUGUUAAUCCUUUUAGGUGUUUGGCUGUACGCUUUGGCCUGGAGCCUUCCUCCCUUCUUUGGUUGGAGUGCUUAUGUGCCUGAAGGCCUCCUAACAUCAUGCACAUGGGACUAUAUGACCUUUACACCCUCUGUUAGAGCCUACACCAUGCUCCUCUUCUGCUUCGUCUUCUUCAUCCCUCUUUUUGUUAUAAUCUAUUGCUAUAUCUAUAUUUUUAAGGCCAUCAAGAACACUAACAGGGCUGUUCAUAAAAUCGGUUCUGAUGACAACAAGGAAUCUCACAAACAGUAUCAGAAAAUGAAGAAUGAAUGGAAGAUGGCAAAGAUUGCACUCAUCGUCAUCCUCCUUUAUGUGAUUUCAUGGUCCCCCUAUUCUAUCGUUGCAUUGGUGGCUUUCGCUGGGUAUUCUAACAUGUUAACACCAUAUAUGAACUCUGUGCCUGCUGUGAUUGCAAAGGCAUCUGCCAUUCACAAUCCAAUAAUCUAUGCUAUUACUCAUCCUAAAUACAGGAUGGCAAUUGCAAAGUAUAUUCCUUGUUUGAGACCAAUCCUCCGAGUGGCUCGCAAAGAUUCCAGAACCUUUACUAGCUAUCCAUCUUCCCGGCGCUCCACUGUUACCAGCCAUUGCAGUCAAUCUUCUGACAUAAGUGGACUCCCCAAACUGAAAGGACAUCUUACUUCUGUCUCAGAUAGUGAAUCAGGCUGGACUGAUAUUGAAGCUGAUAUUAGUAGUAUGAACUCCAGGCCAGCCAGUAGGCAGGUUUCUUAUGAAAUGGGAAAAGACACCACUGAGCUCAAUGACAUAAAAUCCAAAGCUAAGCUGAAAAGUCAUGAUUCGGGAAUUUUUGAGAAGACCUCCAUGGAUACAGAUGACAUAUCGCUGGUAGAAAUUGGCCCAUCAGAUCGUAGCUCUCCUCUUGCAACAGGUAGAAGUUUAAAUGGCCAUGGACAUAGAAAGGGGGACCCUAUCUCCCGUGUAGCUGCAUCACGAAUACCCAGUAUCGUAGUGACCUACAGCAAUCACCAAGCCAACCAGGAAGCAGUAGAGCAUAACUCUACAUUGCCUGAUAUUGCAGUGAGAUUUGAUAAUGUUACUACUCUCAGUGUCUGUCAUGAGGAAGUAAAACCUGUCUCUACCAAGAUGGCUGCCUUCAGACAGAGACACAAUGGAAAGAAAGGCAUGGCCACAUGUCCUCAACAUGGGGAGAAUGCUUUGUCUGGGGCGUCGCCCUAUGUUGAAGAGGACAAGGGCCUCUUCCCCUCAACCCUGGCCCGAUGGAAUCUAAGUGCCGUCCCGCCCCCGUGA